UUUCAAACUCAGUAUUGGAAAGGAUUUCGCCAUGAAAGCACUGUGGUUUAUACUGGCGGUCACUCUGGCCCUGGCAUCAGGUGAACGCAUUCGCUUCGAAAACUAUAGAGUCUACGAUGUGUCCAUUGGAAACGUAGACCAACUGGAAGUUUUGCAACAUUUGGAGCAAUUCCCUGAUGGAUACACCUUCUGGGAAUCUCCGGUGCAAACGGGUAUGAAGGUGAGUGUAAUGGUGCCACCGCACAAGGUGGAUGAUUUCGAAGGCCUAUGCUCACGGAUGUUGAUGGAAACUUCACUGAAAAUAAGCAAUGUUCAACAAUUAAUCGAUACAGAGCGACCAGCACGGCGAAAGCGUGCCGGUUUUGGCUGGGAAGAUUAUCACACGUUGGACGAAAUGUACGAAUGGAUCGAUGGUCUGGUUGAACAGUACGGCAAUGUUCUAUCGGUAGAACUAGUUGGACACUCGUACGAAGACCGCGAGGUGAGGGCUGUGAAACUGUCCCAUAAAACGGGAAAUCCUGGAAUAUUCCUAGAAUCAAACAUUCACGCUCGUGAGUGGAUUACUUCGGCAACGGCAACGUGGAUUUUGAAUGAGCUGCUGACAUCGACGGAUUCAGCGGUACAACAAAUCGCUCGGAACUACGAUUGGUACAUUCUACCCGUGGUCAAUCCUGAUGGACUGAAUUACACAAAGGAGACGAACCGAAUGUGGAGAAAGACCCGCUACCCGCACAGUGUGUUGUGUUACGGAGUUGAUAUGAACCGUAACUUCCCGCAUCAUUGGAUGGAUGGUGGAUCAUCUAUUAACCCUUGUACGGAGACAUACGCCGGACCUGAACCAGCUUCCGAGAUAGAAACGAAGAACAUCAUGGAUUACUUCAUCAAGUACAAGGACCAAAUCCAUUUCUAUCUUUCGUUCCACUCCUACAGUCAGCUUAUCUUGCUACCGUUCGGUUAUCAGAAUGCCAACAAGGUAGACCGUUUCAAUGACUGGAUGCAGAUGGCUGAAUCCGCUGCUGAGGCGUUGUCGAUGCGCUAUGGCACGGAGUAUGUCGUUGGCAACACGGCAGAUGUUCUGUAUGUUGCAUCCGGUUCAACGCGAGACUGGGCACUGGGGGAGCACGAUGUACCGAUUGCUGCAUCGUACGAAUUCCGGGACAAAGGCAACUAUGGAUUUAUUCUUCCUGCUGACCAGAUCGUUCCAAACUCCGAGGAAGUACUGGACUCAUUGGUAGCAUUUUUGACCAAAGCACGAGAACUGAACUAUUUCCAAGUUUAAAAAUAAAACCAAUAUCUA